AUGGCCAAACCUCGACAUGCCAACGAGGCCCUGUUCUAUCUCGUACCGCAAGACGCCGAGUCCCGAAAGAUUGUCGAAGAAAACCCAUCCUACCAAUAUCAAUACAAGGGCAUCGUCAGCCUGCAGGUCAAGGCUGGAAACAAGUCCAACUUUGCUGGACGUAUCUUGUCCAUCGGCAGACUAAAGCAGCUGAGUGACAUUGUGCUCUACCUUCGUGGGCUGCCCGACCAGCAAUGCUCUUUUAAGCUUUACCCAUCGGGAGAGCUGAUGCUACAAGAUGCAACUACAGGUUGUCACACCAGCAUCAGAUCGAGCCCCAAUGCGCCGGUUGUCCCCGUCGACCUGGACAAGAAGCCACUGCGCCAGAUUCACACGUACAAGGUUCUUGGCGAGGGUGGUUUUGAUAAAGUCUCCAAGGCCGUGAAUCUUGCUUCGGGUAUCCUGUAUGCUGUGAAGUAA